CUCUCUUUCCUCAUCUCUCCGUUGCUGUGAAGAGGAAGAGAGUGAAGACGUUUGUUCUUGGAGCUACUCGAGGAAAACAGGAAAAUAGCUGCUGCCGCUGGAUGUUAACAUGCAGCGCUGCAUGCCUUAAAUAACACACACACACACACACACACACACACACACACACACACACACACACACACACACACACACACACACACACACACACACACACACACACACACACACACACACACACACACUCUGCUGCUGCAGCCAUGCCUAGAAUACCUGCUGAAUAUCUGCAGCUGCACGGGACGUGAUGGAGGCUGUUGCUACCGAUGGAAACUGACACCAGUGACAGCGACGGAGGAUAAUAAUGAUGGAAGACAGAGUGAUUCGUCCCCAGCCGGAGCCGCAGCAUUCCUCAACCGCCCAUCUGCAGCGUGGCGCCGCUCCCUGAAGGAUACAUCGACCUUGACAUAUCGCAGCGUGCAUGACAACCUGGCACGGACCAAACUGAAAAGGUUGCCUCCGUUUGCCAAGAGCUGGAAGACAACAGUGGGCCGGGGCUCCAGGGACCAGGCGUCAGCUCAAAUCCACUCUGUCUUGCUGCAGUAACAAACAAGCUUUUAUUUGUAAAGUUAACUGUGCUAACGGCUGACUCCGUACGGGCCAAUUACCGGCUGAAGGGAAUACGGGGCCAAGAUGAAGGAGGCAGCAGUUGUGGCUUGUUUGCUGGCUGAGCUGUCUCUGGCUGCUUUUGUUUUGGCCUCCGAGGGGGCCGCUCGCUGCCCUGCGUUGUGUCGAUGCGAGACACGACCCUGGUUCUCACCCAGCUCCGUUUACACAGAGGCUGCCACGGUGGACUGUAAUGACCUGGGCCUCUCGGCGCUACCGGACAGACUCCCCUCGGAAACGCAGGUGCUGCUGCUGCAGACGAACAGCAUCGUUAAUGUGGAGAAAACUCUGGAUUACUUGGCCGACAUCACUGAAAUCGACUUGUCCCAGAACAACAUUUCCUCAGUGAGCGAUGUUUGUCUUGGGUCGCUCCCCCGGCUGCUGUCACUGCACAUGGAGGAGAACUGGAUUCAGGAGCUUUCUGACAGUUGCCUCACUUCUCUGCCAAACCUCCAGGAGUUCUACAUCAACCAUAAUCUGAUUUCCUCCAUUACAUCCGGGGCCUUCCGGGGCCUGAGCAGGCUGCUGAGGCUCCAUCUCAACUCUAAUCGGCUGACAAGUGUCAACGGUCAGUGGUUCUGGCAACUUCCGAACCUGGAGAUAUUGAUGCUGGGAGAAAACCCCAUUGUUGAACUGUCGGACAUGAACUUUAAACCUCUGGCUAACCUCAGAAGCCUCGUGCUCGCGAGGAUGAAUUUGACCGAAAUCCCUGACAACACUCUUAUUGGUCUGGAGAACUUGGAGAGCCUCUCGUUUUUUGACAACCUUUUUAAUCAAGUCCCCCGAGCAGCGUUGACGAGAGUCAAGAACCUGAAGUUUCUGGAUUUGAAUAAGAACCCCAUUGAGAGGCUCCAGAGAGGAGACUUCAUGAACAUGAUGCAUCUCAAAGAGCUUGGCGUCAACAGCAUGCCUGAGCUCAUAUCCAUUGACAGUUUUGCCCUGAACAACCUUCCAGAGCUGACAAAGAUCGAGGCCACCAACAACCCAAGAUUGUCCUACAUCCACCCGAGGGCUUUCCACAAGCUCCCCAGGCUGGAGACCCUGAUGCUGAACAGCAACUCACUGAGCGCGCUCCACUGCAGCACCGUGGAGUCCCUGCCCAACCUGCGAGAGGUCAGUCUGCACAGCAACCCCAUCCGCUGUGACUGCGUCAUCCGCUGGGUCAACAUGAACAGGACGGCGGUUCGGUUCAUGGAACCAGACUCCUUGCUCUGCGUGGAGCCGCCGGAGUACCAAGGCCAGCAUGUCCGUCAGGUGCACUUCAGGGAGAUGACGGAGAUCUGCCUUCCUCUAAUAUCACCCGGGAGCCUCCCGGUUCAGGUGGAGGUCGGUAAAGGGAGCUCGGUGUCACUGCACUGCCGGGCGUUUGGAGAACCACAGCCUGAGAUCUAUUGGGUGACGCCCUCUGGUGACCGGGUCUUGCCUGGUACCGUCUCAGAUAAAUAUUACAUGCACCCAGAGGGAACGUUUGACAUCUACGAUGCCUCGGAGUUAGAAGCCGGCUCGUACACCUGCAUUGCCCAUAAUCUUGUCGGGGCAGACCUUCAGUCUGUGACGGUUGUGGUGGAAGGAUACUUUUCCCCGCCUUCGACCCAGCCGUUACAUGUAUAUACCACAUCUGUCCAGUCUCAUUCUGUGAUGGUUUCCUGGGAAAGCACAGGUGGUUUGGUAUCACAACUAAAUUGGUCCGUUUUAGCAAAGGAGAGCAGCCUGUUGAUGCCGUUCACGGCCAGACUUCCUGCCGAUGUCAAAGACUACCACAUCAAACAGCUGAAGCCGUCUACUCGCUACCGGGUCUGCGUGGAGGUCGCCGCGGCACAGCGGGGAUUCAGCCGGGACUGUAUUAACGUGACCACGAAGGAGGCCGCCGUCCUCAGGGAGGAAACCGAGAGCUGGGACAGUCCGGGGAUGGCUGCCUGCGCUGCGUUUUUUAUUGUGGUUGCUGUGGCUUGCUCCGUCAUGUACACGUCUCUGUACAGCCAAGUGUUUUACAGGAAACUGAUAGUUGACCCAACUGAAAUGCUGCUGAUUCCCAGCACUCCUUCCUCCUCCUCCUCUUCUUCUUCUUCUUUCCUGGAAGUUGGUGUGUCUGGGGUCAAGGUGAGGGCGACUGUAAUAGACUUACCGGACGACUCCAUGUAAGAAACGACCUCGUCUGUGAAAAGCUCUUUGGGAUUAUGUGAAGAGUGAUGGACUCUGGACCAGGUGAUUUAUUUGUCCACUUUUUAUGACUCUCGGUGGAACAUUUUGCACCGGAACUCUUACACAAAUUACGCAGUCACGUAACCGGCUAACAGCAGAGACUAUUUUGUAUUUCAAACUUUCUGUCAUAUAACAAAGUUUAAUCCGACAGAUAUCUUGACUAUAAUCUACGUGGCUAUCGGUCGUUCACGCAGCACAGAUCUAUCCUGUCAAACACCUCGUCGAGGCGGCUUCCAUGUCUGCAAAAAAGCAUUUUCUUUGCUGUGUUACAUUAAACGGUGCCAAGCGAAGAUACUUUAUAAUGGCAAGAAAAAAAAACUACUUGUUAGUCUAGUGUACAUUAAAACUGACUAUAAUGUAAACAGUUUUAUGAACAAAUACAUUUUUCAUUAAAACCUGUGUGGUGUCUUAUAACUACAA